AUGCCGCCUCCGCCGCACCAAAAACCCGAAAAUGUGCUCAAGCGCGCUCAUGAGCUCAUCGGCGUCAACCAGGCCUCCGCCGCCCUGAACCUGCUGCACGAACACGUCACCAGCAAGCGCUCUCGAAAUGUUCCCAUCGUGUCGCUGGAGCCUGUGAUGCUCCUUCUGGUGGAGUUGUCCGUUGAGCAGAAGAAGGGCAAACUGGCCAAAGAUGCCCUUUAUCAGUAUAAGAAUAUUUCACAGAACACCAAUAUUGGAACUAUUGAGCUAGUUUUAAAGAAGUUUAUCGAGUUGGCCGUCGAAAAGGUCACUGCUGCCCAGCAAAAGGCCGACGAAGUUCAGUCCAGCAUUGACGCUACCGCCACUACCAAUGUCGACGACUUGGAAGCCACCGAGACCCCUGAGUCCAUCCUCCUUGCCACCGUUUCUGGCGAGCAGUCCCGCGACCGUACUGAUCGUGCCAUUGUUACACCUUGGCUCAAGUUCCUCUGGGAGGCCUACCGAACCGUUCUCGAUAUCCUCCGCAACAAUGCUCGCCUCGAGGUUCUUUAUCAGAGCACUGCCAUGCAGGCUUUCGACUUCUGCCUCAAGUACACCCGAAAGACCGAGUUCCGCCGCCUCUGCGAGUUGCUGCGAAACCACGUCCAAACCGCCGCCAAGUACUCCUCGCAGAUGCACGCCAUCAACUUGAGCGACCCCGAUACUCUCCAGCGACACCUUGAGACCCGUUUCCAGCAGCUCAAUGUCGCAGUGGAACUUGAGCUCUGGCAGGAGGCUUUCCGCAGCGUUGAGGACAUCCACACCCUGCUCAGCUUGUCCAAGCGCCCUCCCAAGAACGUUAUGAUGGCCAACUACUAUGAGAAGCUCACUAGAAUUUUUUUGGUCGGAGAAAACUACCUGUUCCACGCUGCUGCUUGGUCCAGAUACUACAGCCUCCUCCGACAGUCUUCAGUUCUUGUUGCCAGCGGUCAGGGCAAGAAGGCUGACAACCCUCCUGCUUCGGAUGCCGAUCUCCAAAAGGCGGCUUCCUUCGUGCUUUUGUCCGCCUUGGCAAUUCCUGUCAUCAGCACCUCUCGAUCUCGUGGUGCCAUGGUCGAUUUUGACGAGGCUAGAAAGAACAAGAACUCUCGUCUCACCCACUUGCUGGGCAUGACACAAGCUCCCACUCGAAGCAGACUCUUCCGCGAUGCUCUAUCCAAGUCUCUUCUCCAGCGUGCUCGCCCUGAGAUCCGAGAUUUGUUCAACAUUCUAGAAGUCGACUUCCAUCCUCUGUCAAUUUGCCAGAAGAUUUCUCCCAUUUUGACCAAGAUUGGAGAGGAUGCUGAGAUGGAGCGAUACAUCAUCCCUCUCCAGCAGGUCAUCCUUACUCGACUUUUCCAGCAGCUGUCCCAGGUUUACGAGACUGUUGAUCUGUCCUUUGUUGAGACCCUUGCCCAGUUCCCUGAGCCUUACCAGGUGACUCGUGGCACCAUUGAAAAGUUCAUCAUGAACGGCAACAAGAAGGGCGACCUCGCCAUCCGUAUGGACCAUGCCACAGGUGUCCUCAGCUUUGAUAAUGAUGUCUUCUCUUCAGCCAAGGCUGGCUCGGCCGGAUCCGCCGAGUCUGAAACUGGCACCGUCCAGCGCCUCCAGAGCACUCCUUCUGAUAUUGUUCGCUCACAACUGACCCGACUUGCUCGCUCGCUGUAUACCACUUGCCACUACGUUGAUCCCAACUUCAACAAGGAGCGCGUGGCUGCUAGACAAGCUGCUCUGCAGCGAGCCAAGGCCGGUGCUGAGCAAGAACGUCAAGAUAUUCUUGCCCGCAAGGAGAUUAUCCAGAAACGCAAGGAGGAAGCAUCCGAGCUUCAGGCUCGCCGAGAAAAGGAAAAUGCCCGACAGAAGCGUCUCCGUGAGCAGGCUCUUCAGGAGGCUGAAGACAAGAGGCUGGCUGAUGAGCAAAAGGAACGUGAAGCCAAGCGUCUCCAGGCUGAGCGUGACCGAGUUCGUAAGGACGAGCUCAAGAAGCAAAUUGCCGAGCUCAACAUGGCUGACAAGGUUCUGGACAUUGAUCUGGAUGAUUUGGAUAACCUUGAUACCAACCGCCUCCGUGCCAUGAAGCUUGCUCAGCUAGAGCGUGAGAAGAACGAUGUCAAUGAGAAACUACGCAUCACUGGCAAGCGAUUCGACCACUUGGAGCGUGCCCUACGCCAGGAGGAAGCCAAGAAACUUGGUGAAGACUUUGCCAAACAAAUUGAAGUCGACCGUGCCAUCUAUGAAAAGGUCAAGGUCAAGACCCUCAAGGAGGCCGAGGAGAAACACAAGGAGAGUGUCGAGCUCAAGCACCGUCUGACCCGUCUAGUUUCCAUCUACGAGGAUUUCAGAAGCUCUUUGCACGAGAGGCGCCGUGAUGAGUUCGAGAAGCGCCGCAGAGAUGCUGAGCGCGAGCUGGAGAAGCAGAUUGCCGCCCGCAAGAAGGAGUUCCGCGACCGCAAGCUGCGGGAGAAGAGAGAGCGCGAGGAGAAGGAGCGUGAGCUGCAAGAAGCCGAGGAGCGUGCAGCCCGCGAGAAGGAGGAACAGCGCCAGCGUGACGAAGCCAGAAAGGCCGAGCUCGCCAAGCUCAAGGAACAGAGAGACAAGGAGCGUCAAGAGAUGCUGGAGAAGGCUGCCCUCCAGCAGCGUCGCGAAGAGGAAGCCCUGGCUCGCCGCAAGGCCGAGAAGGGAGCAGUAGCCGCCGCGCCCACCAGAACAGAAACUCCUGAAGGCCGAAGACCUCCUGUCAUUGGAGGUGGCAGCUGGCGAGAGCGAGAGGCAUCCAAGAAUGCCGCUGCGGCCGCAUCUGCCAGCUCUGAGUCUCGCACUGGUCCUCCCAUGGAGCGCACCGACUCCAGCGACCGCCCUGCCUCCGGCGGUCCGCCCCGUCUGCAACUCGCCGGCUCCGGCAACAAGCCCAGCUGGCGUGAACGCGAAGCUGCCAAGGGCCCUGGCUCAUCAUCAGACAAUGCUCCUCCUCCCGCUGCCUCGAGAGGAUUCGGCGGUCCCCGCGGUGGUGCCACGAUGGACCGUGGCGGCUCAAACCGUGGUGAGAAUGGCCGAACGUCUUCACCUGCUCCUCCUCCGACCGAGUCUCUGCCUUCUCGCACUGCGGGCAAGUGGGUUCCUCCUCACCUGAGGAACAAGGCUUAA